GCCGUUCUGAACCGUGCAACCGGUAAACUUGCCUUUUAUACGUGGCAAUUUGAUACCCCAUAAUCUGUGCCGCACAAUCGUGAAAAAAGCUCUCAGGCUGUCUCUGUAUUGGUAAGUGUGUGUUUGCGUGUGUGUGCGUGAGGUGGCUGGCUAUUGCUGUUUGUGCUACGUCUCGGCAUUUUCUUGCUCCCUUUUUCGGUCUAUCAGCGUCUUGCGACUGUCCCGUUGCUUUCGUUGUUGUUGCUCUUCUUCUUCACGGCGCCCACCGAAGCAAGUGGGCACUGCCGAUGUGUAUGUGUUCAUCGCUGUCUCGCUGAGGCUGUGUGUGUGAGAGUGAGCAAACUAUGAUGCAAUCGCAACAACAGCAGCAGCAGGAUCCAUGCGAGAGUGAGCGAAAGCUUCGCAACGAUUGCGAUCUAUCGCGCGGCUACUGUCCACAUCCAAAAUUCGCCACCUGUUGGAUGGAUUAUCCCUUUGGCGAACUAUCGUUUGAGGAUUUCUUUAACAAUGCCACAUUCAGCCAGGAGGAGACAUUCUAUUCGUAUGGGCUCAACGGGGAGAGGUCCAAUGUCGCCAUCGAUAGCAGCGUACACUUCUAUAUGGGUCGCUGUUAUACGGUGCGUCCACUCAUGGACAUGAAGCGGGUAUCCAAGUCGGUCGGCUAUUCCCUAAUGCUAGAGCACAAUAUAUUUACAUCGGUGAGCGAUGUGGACUUGGCAUCUGGUGCGGGCUGGCAUAUCUUUCUGCAUGAUAAGCGUGAAAAUUUUACGGAGAUCAACAUGAAGGGCUCGGGGCGCGUCGAAUAUGUCUUUGCGGGCAUCAAUGAGCAGAUCGAGAUCAAGCUGCAAAGUCAAUAUUUUUCGAACGUGGAAACACACAAGGAGACCUGUUCAAGAAAAGAGGGCUACAGUGAUAUAAAGUGUGGCGAGAUAUGCAUCUGGCAGGACUUAUCGGACGAGUCGGACUGUUCGGGACCAUGGAUGCAUGAUAUGAACCUUGAGCCCUGCAACGAUUCCGACUCCAUGCGUAAUCUGAUCAAGAACUACAAAGAGGUAUACGAAAGCGACGAUGACUACGAGUGUAACUGCAUGUCACCCUGCGAGUCGCGCAUCUUUACAACCUAUAUACAGAGUAGGAAACCCUUUUACCAGCCCGAGCCACGGACCCUUCUCUACAUUUACUACACAACCAAGCUUAUAUCGAUGAUAGAGGAGCGUCCCAGCUAUGAUACAACCCAGUUUAUAGCGGAUGUCGGCGGCUCUUUGGGCUUUCUGCUCGGCCUCUCAGUUCUAGGCAUCAUUGGCAUAUUGGAGCAUUUAACUUUGUUCUUCUGUGGCGAUUGCAUACGGCGACUACAACUGAAAAAUGAGGAGAAAAAUAUCUCCAAGAGCCCAGAGGAUGGGGAGUCCCAAACGAGUGUCGAGACACUGGAUAUCAAUGAUGUGUACACUGUAGAAAAAGCGCAACUGGGCAAAUACUGAGCCGUUGGUCAAGUUUUGUCUAAAUAAAUCUCUUAUAUUUAUGCACAAAAACUACAAACUAGGGGGCUACAUUUAAAUGGGAUUAUUUUCUGUGGU